AUGUGUGCCUUCUAUUUGCAAUUGCAGAGCAAUAUAUUCGGCGGUCUGGACGAGAGCCUGCUGGCCCGCGCCGAAGCCCUGGCAGCGGUGGACAUCGUCUCCCCGAGCAAGAGCCACCACCACCACCCGCCGCACCACAGCCCCUUCAAGCCGGACGCCACGUACCACACCAUGAACACCAUCCCCUGCACCUCGGCCGCCUCCUCCUCCUCCGUGCCCAUCUCCCACCCGUCCGCCCUGUCGGGCACCCACCACCACCAUCACCACCAUCACCACCACCACCACCAGCCCCACCAGGCGCUGGAGGGGGAACUCUUGGAGCACCUGACGCCGGGGCUGGCGCUGGGGGCCAUGGCGGCCCCCGACGGCGCCGUGGUCUCCACGCCGGGCCACGCUCCGCACAUGGCCGGCAUGAACCCCAUGCACCCGGCGGCGCUGGGCAUGGCCCACGCCCACGGGCUGCCGGCCCACAUGGGCUGCAUGAGCGACGUGGACGCCGACCCCCGCGACUUGGAGGCCUUUGCCGAGCGCUUCAAGCAGCGCCGCAUCAAGCUGGGGGUGACCCAGGCCGACGUGGGCUCGGCGCUGGCCAACCUGAAGAUCCCGGGGGUGGGCUCCCUCAGCCAGAGCACCAUCUGCCGCUUCGAGUCCCUCACCCUCUCCCACAACAACAUGAUCGCCCUCAAACCCAUCCUGCAGGCGUGGUUGGAGGAGGCCGAGAAGUCCCACCGCGAGAAACUGGCCAAGCCCGAGCUCUUCAGCGGCGCGGAGAAGAAGCGCAAGCGGACCUCCAUCGCCGCCCCCGAGAAGCGCUCGCUGGAGGCCUAUUUCGCCCUGCAGCCCCGGCCUUCCUCCGAGAAGAUCGCCGCCAUCGCCGAGAAGCUGGACCUCAAGAAGAACGUGGUGCGCGUGUGGUUCUGCAACCAGCGCCAGAAGCAGAAGCGCAUGAAGUACUCGGCGGGCAUCUGAGCCGGCCGCGGAGCAGCACCGACAGCAUCAGCGCCACCGUCA